UGUCCCGUCCCCAGGAGGCCCAUGCCGAGGCCUUAUUCUCUUCUCUCCCUUGUCCGUCCCCAUCAUUGCAAGUAACCUCUCCGCCGCCGGGCGCUCCUUUCUUUUCUCAUCGCCAGCCAGCUCGCGCGCUCCCCCGGCAAGGGCAAGAAGAGACCAACAGCAACAGGGCCAUCCAGCCGCGCGCGAGCUCAGCACUCAGCAGCUUAUCGGCCUCGUGUCAGCCUCGGCUCAUCUAUAUAAGCGCCCGCCUCUCUCCUCACUUAAAGCAAACACCCAGUGUUAGCUCCGCACCACGCACGGAGCGAGAGAAAGAGAAGGCGGGGCAGCGGCUGCGGCUGUGCGAGCAGGCCAUUAACGCCAGACAGAUAGGUGUUAGAGGUAGAGGUGAGAGGGAGAAGAAGGCUAGCGAGAGCUAGCUGCUGAGAGACGGAUUGAGGGAGAGAGCAGCAGCUGGAACAAGUAUAGCUCGGAGGCAAUGAGGUCGUGGAGGCCGUCGCCGUCGCCGUUGCGGCAAAGCAUGGUUGCGGUGGUCGUAGUGAUGGCCGCGACGGCGUGGUGCGCGGCGGCGCAAGCGGCGCAGCUGAGCCAGAGCUACUACGCGUCGACGUGCCCCAACGUGGAGACCCUUGUCCGCGGCGCCGUCACCCAGAAGCUGCAGGAGACCUUCAACGCCGCGCCGGGCACGCUCCGCCUCUUCUUCCACGACUGCUUCGUCAGGGGCUGCGACGCGUCGGUGCUGCUGUCGGGCCCCGACGACGAGCACAGCGCCGGCGCCGACACGACGCUGUCCCCGGACGCGCUGGACCUCAUCACCCGCGCCAAGGCCGCCGUCGACGGCGACGCGCAGUGCGCCAACAAGGUCUCCUGCGCCGACAUCCUCGCCCUCGCCGCCCGCGACGUCGUCUCCCAGACGGGCGGGCCGUACUAUCAGGUGGAGCUGGGGCGGCUUGACGGCAAGGUGGGCACGCGCGCCGUGGUGAAGCACAGCCUCCCCGGCGCCGGCUUCGACCUGGACCAGCUCAACACCCUCUUCGCCGCCAACGGCCUCACCCAGACCGACAUGAUCGCGCUCUCAGGUGGGCACACGAUCGGCGUGACGCACUGCGACAAGUUCGUGCGGCGGCUGUACCCGUUCAAGGGCUCCCGAGGCGGCGCCGGCGGUGCGGGGCCGCCGAUGAACCUCUACUUCCUGCGGCAGAUGCGGCAGACGUGCCCGCUCAACUACAGCCCGUCGGCGUUCGCGAUGCUGGACGCCGUGACGCCGCGCAAGUUCGACAACGGCUACUACCAGACGCUGCAGCAGAUGAAGGGCCUGCUCGCCUCCGACCAGGUCCUCUUCGCCGACCGCCGCUCCCGCGCCACCGUCAACUACUUCGCCGCAAACCAGACCGCCUUCUUCGACGCCUUCGUCGCCGCCAUGGCCAAGCUCGGCCGCGUCGGCGUCAAGACCGGAUCCGAUGGCGAGAUCCGCCGGGUCUGCACCAAGGUCAACUAGCACUACUCGUCACUUCGCCCGAGGUUGAUCUGCCUUCACCGUACAUUAUACCUGGGUAGUAGAGGGUUAAGAUGAAUGUGAAUGUCCAUGUCCAUGCCAAGUCGGAGUCCAUCGAUCACAGAUUCACAGUCACAGUGUAUGAAUUCGUUAAUCCGCCGAUUCUUUCCUUGAUUGUGUAGUAAAAAAACAUGUAACAAGAAGAGGGAGAUCCAUACAGAACGUCUUAGGAUAUUUUCAGUUCAUGGCCUACCAUGUGAAUGUGAUAGGAGAAAGAAGGUACCAUACUCACUACAUCGAUGUAAAUGCUACUGUUUGGUCCAGUUGAUCAAAGUAUAUGCCCACCUUCCUUUUUGACA